AUGGAAACAGGCCAAGGUGACAGGGCUUUGCAUGACUUCCAACCGCUGGCCCAUAUUCCGCCUCUUCACAAUGGCAUCCCCCCCGAGUUAAUCGACCGGUUUGACCCGGUCUUCGUUGAUUACUACCAGAAAUACAAUGUGGGACGCCUUCACUGGGACGAAGUACCCAUCGACGAGUUUCGAGCCAACCCCUCCAAAUAUACCAUCACAUACGGCCGCGCCACAGGACCCGAUGUUUUUCGAAUUACAGAACAAAAAUGCCCCGUGCGAGGAGGCGAGAUCACGAUCCGGAUCUUUGAGCCUGCUCCCGUCAUGGAUAGUACGGGACUCCCAAGGCCGAGAGCAGCAUUUGUCAAUUUCCAUGGCGGCUGUUGGAUCGUCGGGGGGCUUUCGAGCGACCAUGGGUACUGCAAACAGCUGGUAGAUGGCCUCAACGGUGAUCUGGUUGUGUUCGACGUGGAUUACAGACUAGCCCCUGAGCAUCCGUAUCCUGUUCCCAUAGAGGACUGCUGGGCAGCGUUUCAGUGGAUCCGACGGGAGAAGCUGGACGAAUUGAAUCUCGAUCCUAUGCGAUUCGCCGUCGGUGGAGUGUCUGCAGGGGGCCAUAUCUCAGCCGUUGUCGCACAUCUUUGCAGAGACAACCAAAUUCCUUUACGCCUGCAGGUGUUGUGUGUUCCAAUCUGUGACUUGCAUAAUGCUUUCACCCGCGAUGGCAAUUUUGAUUCGGAGUCUUGCCCCUAUGAGUCCUAUCGGGAGAUGCAGUUCAGUGCCGGGAUGACACAACACCGGAUGCAACACUGCUACCGCCAGUUUGUGGGGCAUUUGGGCCAGCAAAGGCAACCAGAUGAUUGGAGAAUUUCUCCUAUUUUGGCACCCAGUUUUGUGGAUCUGGCGCCAGCACUGGUGUACACGGCCGAAAUGGACCCUUUGCGCGAUGAAGGGGAGGCAUACGUAGCAAAGCUGGAGGCUGCUGGCUGUCGAGUUCGUUUUAAGCGUGUGCGUGGGGCUCCUCAUUCGUUCGCGGUGCUGGAUGGAAUACUCGAGUCAGGGAAGAUGUUUAACCGAGAGGUGAUUGAGGUACUGAAGACAGAGCUUUCAUAG